GCCAAAAUGGCAGCAAAUUAAGAUUAGAUAUUUGAUGAACAAUCUUAGGAAGCAACAAUAAAUGAGGAAUACAAAAUAUGGAAAAAGAAUGCACCAUUUCUAUAUGAUUUGGCAAUUAGUCAUCCAGUAGAGUGGCCAUCUUUGACAGUGUAGUGGUUACCAAAGAAAGAAACACCACAAGGUUAAGAUUAUUCAAUUCAUAAAUUGAUUAUUGGAACAAAUACCGGGGAUAAUGAAAUGAAUUCAUUAAUGAUUGCUAAAGUAGAGUAACUUAAAAUAUAUUAGGUUCGAUUGCCAAAAGAUUCUGAUGUAUAAUAGGAUCCUUCAGAAUACAAAUAAAAUGAAUCUAGUGGAAUAGGCAAAGCAACAGGAGAAAGUAGAAUAGAAAUUGAUGUAAGAAUAAAUCAUGAAGGAGAAGUAAAUAGAGCAAGGUACAUGCCUUAAAAAUCAAAUAUAAUUGCCACUUUCACACCAAAAGGAGAAAUUCACAUUUUUGAUUAUAUUAAGCAUCCCUCUUAACCAUCCAAUAAUAUAGUAAAACCAGAUUUGAAAUUAGUUGGCCAUCAGAAAGAAGGGUAUAUGAUUAUAAAUUAAUUAUAGAUUUGGAAUAUCUUGGAGCGAAUAAAAAGUGGGUCAUUUGUUAAGUGGAGAUUAUGAUGGUAAAAUAUGUAUAUGGGACACUGAAACUAAUACUCCAGAACCAAAAUAAACAUUUCAAGCAAAUAAUUUAUAAAUUGAAGAUGUAUGUUGGCAUAGAUUUCAUCCAGAAAUAUUUGGUACAUGUGGAGAUGAUAGACAUGUGAGAAUGUAAUAAUAUAAUGAUAUUUAUGUUUAGUUGGGAUACUCGUAAACCUUAACCAUUAAGCGAUAUUUAGACUCAUGCUGGAGAUAUUUACUGUUUAGAUUUUAAUCAUUUUAAUGAAUACUUUUUUAUUACAGGGUCAGAAGAUAAAAGGAUCAAUCUUUUUGAUAUGAGAAAUACAGAAAAACCGCUUCAUACAUUUGAAAGUCAUGGUGAUUAAAUCCUAUCUUUGAAAUGGUCACCACAUAAUAUGAAAACAUUUGUUAGCAGUUCAGCUGAUCGUAGAUGCAUGAUAUGGGAUUUUGGAAGGUGUGGAAAAGCAUAAACACCAGAGGAAGCUUAGGAUGGACCUCCUGAAUUAUUAGUAUUUAAUUAUGUUAUAUCAUUUAGUUUGUUCAUGGGGGACACAGAUCUAAAGUAUGUGAUUUAGAUUGGAAUCUUAAUGAAAACUAUAUAAUAUCAAGUGUUGAAGAUAAUAAUAUAUUGUAAGUAUGGUAAUUGGGAGCACAUAUUUAUUAAGAAUGA